UCCAAUUAUGAUCUCCAGUGCAUAGUCAGUAGAUAGUAUGCCUUAUAAAGUAGUGUGUGUUCUGUGAACAAUCAUGGAAAUGGUGUUUACAGAGAUAAAUUAAGAACACCUAAUGCUGUGGGAUGUUAUGGCCAUUUCAUGGCCUCAUUUCUCUCGUUAACAUAACAGCAUUAGGCAAAUUUCUAGACAGCUGAUUUCUAAAGUAUGCUUAAAAUGUUUUUCAGUACUUCUUUUCUUACUUAUGGAUUUUGUGCUUCUUAAUGAUGAACUGGCUUAAAUUCAAGGCAUUCUUUUUUUCAUUUUGAAGUGUAUAUUCAAGUGCUACAGAUUAAUAUUGCUUUUAGUGUUCAUCUUUUUUCAAUUCUUGCAUACCUUUCAUUAAUCAGCUGUUUAGCUAUUGGCAUUUGUGAUUUGCAGUCCAACAUGUUUUUCUCCCUAAUACUUCGUAAAACAUACCCAUCUAUAUCUGUACAUUUUCAGAAACAUUUGUCAAGCUGCUCUAAAAAUUCAGGUUGACACCCUGCAUUUUCUUUAACCCAUUUGCCAUAUAAAGUACACAAAUGAAUUCUAGUUGUUUAUGAGCCCUGUUAUCUGAUGCAUGAAUCAUGUAAUCUUGCUGACUGAAAGUUCCUCGUAUAUAUUAUCUAUCUGUUGUACAUGUAAUGGUGAAUUACUGGAUGUGUCAGGGACCAAACAUAUGCUGUAACAUUUAUUUUAGCCUCAUAUCACAUUUUCUACAAGAUGGAUUCAGCCUCUAUUUGGUACAGAUUAUUUCCACUAAAGAUGGUGUCCAGUGUGGGAAGUAUUAUGUCAGCAAGAAUACAUCAACUUUAGUCUUUUCUUGUUAGGGAGUGAGAGGAUUGAGUGAAUGUGUGUGUGAAUGAUUGAGUCACAUCAUUGUUUAAUAAAGUUCUGAUCGUUAUUGAUAAGCUUCCAUUAUACCUUUCUCAUGGAAAUGUAAUGGACAGAAGUGAACUUUCUUCUCCCAUUGGUUCCUGUUAUCAAAGUCAAUCGGCACUGCUGUCAUGAAAUGGGCCAUCUUAUAUUUUUUUGUGAAAUGGCCUAUGUUUAGCUCAAUUCAAACUUUCUGCAGAUUCUAAACAUAUGUGGCCAUGCUAGAUUUGCCAUUUGAUACCACGUACUAAUAAAGGUGAAUUUCUUCUCUCCCUACCCGAGGAUGUCUAGCCCGAACCUGAGCUGCUCAACGGGAAGCCAUCAUCUCAAGUGUCUGGUGCGGGAAAGAAAGGAUACCCUUCGGUGUCUUACCGUCAAUACAUACACUGACAAUCACCUGGUCCAUAGAUUACAUUUUAAAUUUCUAAUAUGUAUCUGUGCUUGGGGUAACUAAGGAUUAUAUUGGGCUCUCUUUUCUGUUAAAGUACAUUUUUGUUUUUCAACUUUUAUUUGUAAUAUCUCCAAUUUACUAAGGUCAGCACAGAUCUUUUUAUUCUAAGUACUAACAAAUAAUUAUUAAAUUAUCACAUACGUACCUAAAACUAGCUACAACUUCUGAAUCACCCUUAGUGUUAGUUGUAUGAAAGAGUGUGAGUGAGCUAACAGAAAAGUACUAAUGGAACCAGAUUGUUUGUAGGUGCUUGCAGUAAAAUGGAGAAUCAAACAUCUUUCCUGGAAGAUAUCGCCAUCCGGCGUCACGCGGAAAGACUCCUGAUGUUGGCUCGAGAACAUACACAGAGAUUAUGCGUGAACAAUUAUUGAGAGGAGAAGAAACUGAGUUGAGGAAGAAAAUCUUGGAGAAAGCCAAAGAAGGUACCUUAAAAGUUGUUAGCAACGGUGAUUCUGCCAAAGCUGCACCUAAACGCCGAGGGCGGUGGGAUCAAACUGAAGAUGCUGGAACACCAUCAGAAAAAAAGAAAAAAGAAACAUCAGCUUGGGACAAAGAGGAUGCAACCCCUGCUAUUUCUCGUUGGGAUGAAACUCCUGGUCAUCCAAAAGGCUCGGAAACUCCGGGAGCUACUGCUACUCCAGGAGUAAGCACUCGCAUGUGGGAACCAACACCAGGUCAUGCUACUCCAGGUGCUGUCACUCCAGGCAGAGAGACACCUGGACACGACAAAGGGAUGUCCAGUCGCAGAAACCGGUGGGAUGAAACUCCAAAAACUGAGAGAGAAACUCCUGGUCACAACAGUGGAUGGGCUGAAACUCCGCGAACUGAUCGGGUACCAGGUGGUGACCUCAUCCAAGACACACCUGGCUCAGUAAGCAAGAGAAGGAGCCGAUGGGAUGAGACACCAUCUAAUCAGAUGACACCUUCAGCAAUGACUCCCUCUGCCAUGACACCUCAUACUCCUGGUACACCAUCAACUCCAAUGGGAACACCAGGUGGAACCCCUUCAAUGAUGACGCCAAGUGGAGUGACUCCGACUGGACAGAAAGCUAUGGGAAUGGCUACCCCUACACCAGGUCAUCUUGUCACCAUGACUCCUGAACAAAUGCAAAACUACCGGUGGGAGCGGGAAAUUGAUGAGAGGAACCGUCCCCUUGCUGAUGAAGAACUGGAAACUAUGUUCCCAGUAGGGUAUAAAAUCCUACAACCUCCAGCUGGCUAUAUUCCAAUUAGAACUCCAGCUCGCCGCCUAACAGCCACCCCAACGCCCAUUGCUGGAACUCCCCAAGGAUUUUUCAUUCAGACUGAAGACAAAUCAGCAAAAUACAUGGACAAUCAACCCAAAGGCAAUUUACCAUUCAUGAAGCCUGAAGAUGCCCAAUAUUUUGACAAACUCUUGGUUGACGUUGAUGAAGAAACACUCAGCCCAGACGAACAGAAAGAAAGAAAAAUCAUGAAGCUUUUGUUGAAGAUUAAAAAUGGUACUCCACCUAUGAGGAAAGCUGCCCUUCGUCAGAUAACAGACAAAGCAAGAGAGUUUGGUGCUGGCCCCUUAUUCAACCAAAUUCUUCCCUUGCUAAUGUCCCCAACUCUUGAAGACCAAGAACGGCAUCUUCUUGUCAAGGUUAUUGACCGGAUAUUGUACAAGUUGGACGAUUUGGUGCGCCCAUAUGUUCACAAGAUUCUUGUGGUUAUUGAGCCCUUGUUGAUUGAUGAAGAUUAUUAUGCUCGUGUAGAAGGCAGAGAAAUCAUUUCCAAUUUGGCUAAGGCUGCUGGCUUAGCCACUAUGAUCUCAACCAUGCGACCUGAUAUUGACAAUAUUGACGAGUAUGUACGGAAUACUACUGCUCGUGCUUUUGCUGUGGUUGCAUCUGCUCUGGGAAUUCCGUCUUUGUUGCCUUUCUUGAAAGCUGUUUGUAGGAGCAAAAAGUCUUGGCAAGCACGUCACACUGGUAUCAAAAUUGUUCAGCAGAUUGCUAUUCUAAUGGGUUGUGCAAUCUUGCCUCAUCUAAAAAGUUUAGUUGAAAUUAUUGAGCAUGGUCUUGUAGAUGAACAGCAGAAAGUCCGUACUAUUACUGCCCUCGCUAUUGCUGCUUUAGCUGAAGCUGCCACUCCAUAUGGUAUUGAAAGUUUUGACUCUGUUCUCAAACCAUUAUGGAAGGGUAUCAGAACUCACAGAGGAAAGGGUCUUGCUGCAUUUUUGAAAGCAAUUGGUUAUCUUAUUCCGCUUAUGGACGCUGAAUAUGCUAACUAUUACACCAGAGAAGUGAUGCUUAUUUUGAUCCGUGAAUUCCAGUCACCUGAUGAAGAAAUGAAGAAAAUUGUUCUAAAGGUUGUGAAGCAAUGUUGCGGAACUGAUGGUGUUGAGCCCCAAUACAUCAAAGAUGAAAUAUUACCACAUUUCUUCAAGCACUUCUGGAAUCAUCGCAUGGCACUUGACAGAAGAAAUUACAGACAGCUUGUUGAUACUACUGUUGAAAUAGCCAAUAAAGUGGGUGCAUCUGAAAUCAUCAACAGGGUAGUGGAUGACUUGAAAGAUGAAAAUGAGCAAUACCGUAAGAUGGUCAUGGAAACAAUUGAAAAAGUCAUGGGCAAUCUUGGAGCAGCAGAUAUUGACUCUCGUUUAGAAGAACAGCUUAUUGAUGGUAUUUUGUAUGCCUUCCAGGAACAAACCACUGAGGAUGUUGUAAUGCUGAAUGGUUUUGGAACCAUUGUCAAUCAGUUGGGCAAGAGAGUCAAAGCUUAUUUGCCACAGAUUUGUGGUACAAUUUUGUGGCGUUUGAACAACAAAUCAGCUAAAGUACGACAACAAGCAGCCGACCUCAUCUCUAGGAUAGCUGUUGUUAUGAAAACCUGCCAAGAGGAAAAGCUGAUGGGUCAUUUGGGUGUUGUGUUAUAUGAGUACUUAGGUGAGGAAUAUCCAGAAGUAUUAGGUAGCAUUCUUGGGGCUCUGAAAGCCAUUGUCAAUGUUAUUGGAAUGACCAAAAUGACUCCACCAAUUAAAGAUUUGCUACCUAGACUCACCCCAAUUUUAAAAAAUCGUCAUGAAAAGGUUCAAGAAAACUGUAUUGAUCUUGUUGGGCGUAUUGCUGAUCGAGGACCAGAAUAUGUAUCUGCUCGAGAAUGGAUGCGUAUCUGUUUUGAACUCCUGGAACUUUUAAAGGCUCACAAAAAAGCUAUUAGAAGAGCCACUGUAAAUACAUUUGGAUACAUUGCCAAAGCAAUUGGUCCUCAUGAUGUACUUGCAACAUUGCUUAAUAAUUUGAAAGUACAAGAAAGACAAAACCGAGUUUGCACAACUGUUGCAAUUGCCAUUGUUGCUGAGACAUGUUCACCGUUUACUGUUCUCCCAGCCCUAAUGAAUGAGUACAGAGUACCUGAACUGAAUGUUCAAAAUGGUGUUUUAAAAUCAUUAUCAUUCCUGUUUGAGUAUAUAGGGGAAAUGGGGAAGGAUUAUAUCUAUGCUGUCACACCGCUCCUUGAAGAUGCUCUCAUGGACAGGGACCUUGUUCAUCGUCAAACAGCCUGCGCAGCCAUUAAACACAUGGCUUUGGGAGUGUACGGCUUUGGUUGUGAAGAUGCCCUCAUUCAUCUUCUGAAUCAUGUGUGGCCAAACAUUUUUGAAACAUCACCUCAUCUUGUGCAAGCGUUCAUGGAUUCAAUAGAAGGAAUGCGUGUUGCCUUAGGUCCUAUAAAAAUUCUUCAGUACACAUUACAGGGGCUUUUCCACCCUGCUCGUAAGGUUCGGGACGUUUACUGGAAAAUCUACAACUCAUUAUACAUCGGUGGACAAGAUGCCUUGGUUGCCGGAUACCCUCGAGUUGAGAAUGACCCCAAGAAUGUAUAUGCACGGUAUGAGCUGGACUAUGUACUGUAAUGCAACUAUUUACUGUAAUUAUUUCUACUAGUAAAUUUCAUGAACUUUAUGAAUUUAUUGAGCAUACUUGUUUGGAUCAAGUUUGCUUUUAUUCUUAAAUAUUACCAACAUUGUGUCAGUCAUUCAAAUUUUUAUUUCUUUUUAUUUCUUAGUUUUGAGCAUUAGCCUUGAGCAAUAGUUGAUCGUACAAAAAUCUGGAAAUAAUUGCAUGAAAGCCUGUGGCUGCUUUUUUCCCUGUGUUGAACAUGUUGCAUAUUGUUUAAUUUAAUUUUAAGAAAAAGGCAAUUAUAGGUCGUGCUAUCAAUAAAAAGGAAAAUAUGUAGAAAUAUUACAACAAUAAAAAUUGAUAAAGGAU